CGCGUGGCAAGUAAGUGGAAGGGGGGGAACUUGAAAGAGCAGUCACUCAUUCAGCCUUACAGUCCAGAUGCAGAUACACCUGAGCUCUCCACUCGGCACCUCUGGGAACACCAACCCUCACCUGAAGCCACAGUAUUUAUUGGUCAAGAUGGUGAGACACUCGUGGCUAGUGGUGCUGGGAAGCGCGACAAUUGUAAUCAUUAUAUCAUACUUCGACGUACUUAAGGACGUCAUCGUGGUGAGAUCAGAGUCGCCAGCCAGAGAGUCGUCGCCCAAGACACUGGUCGGGGAGCCCGUCUCGCGGUGCCACAUUCCCGGCCUGGCAAGCAUGGACCAGUACCGGGCAUACCUCCACAAGACGGAGACCACCUGCAGCGACAUGCGUCAAUUCGGAGGGAAGCCUCCGGCACCUGGUGACGGCAAGAAACUGGUGUGUAUGGACAGCAGGUUCAACAUCAAGCCCGGGAACUGCCUUGUCUUCUCAUUCGGCGUCAACAACGAGUGGUCCUUCGAGGAUGAGUUCGAUAAGUUCGGAUGUAAAGUGUACGCCUACGACCCCACCAUGGGAAAGAAGGACCACCAACGCUCCCCCAACGUCACGUUCUUCGCUACGGGCAUCGGCAACUAUCAGGGCACCAAGAAGGUCGGGAUGGGCAAUAAAUGGAGUGAGCAAAAGGUGGAUCGCUUCGAGAACUUGGUGUCGGCGGUGGGCGAGGAGGGACGAGAGAUAGACUACGUAAAGCUGGACGUGGAGCUUUCCGAGAUCGACUUCCUGCAGGACAUAUUGUUCAAUUCGCCGCACGUCCUCGCCAAGAUCAAGCAGAUUGCUAUGGAGGUUCAUGACGGGGCUGAUAAAGGUCUUGGCCAGACGACCACUCAUCAGGUGUUCUGGCCGUACUUUAUGCUCAUGAGGUGUAUGGGUUUCAAGCUGAUCAGCAGUCGGAACGCAGGAGCCUGGAGGGAGGUGGUGUGGGCGAGGGAUUUCUGAGGUGCAGCGUACAAGGAAGACCACUUUUGAGAAGGUUGUGGCCCCUUUCACACAGGGCCACUUAGCAGCGAUUCUCAGCAACGCUGCAGCAGCGCUACUCAAGCGCGUCGGUGGCGCUGCUAACGCGCAUCAAUUUAAGCUGCUAACGCGCGUCGGUGGUGCUGCUAACGCCCUACUCAAGUUUAGAAGCACUGCUGAGAAGCGCUAGUAAAGCCCCUUUCAGAUUUUAAUUAUGUACAGCAGGGUUGGCGGUUUAAACCAGUGGUGUCAAACUCAAAACCUUUCGAGGGCCAAUUCAUACUCUGAAGUGCCGUCAUGGGGGCCAACAAGGGUAGAAAAUACAUUGACAAGAUUGAAGUUACCGUGAUACCGCGGGCCAUUUAUGACUUCCGCGGGCCACGAGUUUGACACCCCUGGUUUAAACCAAAAACAAAAUCAAUAAAACCAGUGUUUUUUGUGUAUCUUUGUAGUUUCAUCAGGUAUUGUGGUUUUAAUUAUGUGGUUUUAAAUUUUUAAUUAUGCACAGUCAUUUUACUAAUACCAGGAUGAAAACAUCAACUGGUAAACUCAGAUCUCUAUGCAAAUGCAGUAACUUCAGAAUAACUGAAAACAUCAUUUUGGAACAAUAUAUCUAAAUAAAUAAGUGAAUUAAUAUAUUUACCACAUCACACUGUCGUGUGUGGACUGUAAAUUGUACAUACGUACAGUCUGUGUAUGCUUAGGCGGCCAUUGUUGUUCUGAGUCAUAAUAACAGCGCCCCUAACUCCGGGGAGCGCGAUGCAGCGGCAGUAUGCAGUGCAGGAUAUAGCCAUGAAAGCUCUCUCUCUCUCUCUCUCUCUCUCUCUCUCUCUCUCUCUCUCUCUCUCUCUCUCUCUCUCUCUCUCUCUCUCUCUCUCUCUCUCUCUCUCUCUCUCUCUCUCUCUCUCUCUCUCUCUCUCUCUCUCUCUCUUACAGCUGUUUUUGAAGUAUGCAACUGGAAAAUUAGAAGAGGUCUUUCAUGUUUUACUACUCUUUAGCAUUCCAAUUAAAAAGCAUGUUAGAGAAGCUGCAUUUUGCGUCUUUUACAGAUUGUAUGAAGAUCAAGUGAAUAUACAUGUAUUGCUAAAUCCAUCUCUAAAUCUAUAUAUAUAAUUUCUUUUCAAACUCAUAUAUGUAUAUAUGGACAGAAUUACAGGAAUAAAAAUACUGGAAA